ACAAAAGGUGUCAAAUGCUGGCUCCGCUUUUAGACAGUGCCUAUCUAUAUAUUAGUUCCCAAUUUCAUGACUGUGUACUUGUUAUUGACAGAUUGCGCUCUUGGUAUGGCAUCGGGCGCUAUAAGUGACUCAGCAAUAACUGCAUCAAGCUACUAUCAAAACAUGGCUAACGUACUACUACCUUCAUAUGGCCGCCUUAAUCACGCAAAAGUCUGGGCGUCAGCAUCUCGUAACCCCGGAGAGUACAUCCAAAUCGACUUGGGACGUUUGACAACAGUCACCAAGGUAGCCACUCAAGGUCACGAUCAUUGGGAUGAGUGGGUGAUGAGUUACAAGAUCGCCUACAGCUCCGAGCUAUCCACCUGGCAAGUGUACCGCGAGAGAGGGCAAGGAAAGGUGUUCCCCGGGAACAAAGACAGGAGCUCUGUUGUCUACAGAGUGACACAGCCCAUCGUUACACGUGGUAUUCGCCGGAUUAUCGCGGUAACUUUCAGAUGGCGGCCUGCUUUGAGGGUGGAGGUCUACGAAUGCAUGUGAACAUCCCUGCCUGUUAUACAAGAUAAAUCUGGCUGCGGCGACUUCCUGUGUGCUUCGGAACGACUAGCAAAAUAUCACGUUAAAUUUACUCUUGCGCUUUGAGAAUCAAUUAUCAAACCAGGCUUAGUUGAAGAUAUGUGUGAACUCGUACUGUUCUCGACUAAUUUCAUGUUGAAACGCUCGGAUAACAGUUUCCCCUAUAAGUCAUAGACAUCUCAACCACGCUCCA